AUGGUGUCAGCUGUUAUACUUGUUCAAAAUGCAACUCCCGAUACAAUAAUACAAGUUCAAGACCAACUUGCCAACGACUUGCCCAUGAAGAAAGGCAAGUGGAACUUUGCUUUUCGAAUCUUCAAAAACAAUCCGUAUGCAAUUCCUAGAGAAAUUGCUGACCAGGAAGUACAGAAUCCUGAGUCGAAAUUUAUGUAUACAUUGUCUCCCUCAUACCUACCCGGAAGCACGUUCACUUUAAUAAACGGAAGGUCUGUUGGUGUAUUUAGUAGCACAAUACAAGAGGAGGCUAAGGAACUUGGUUUACAGACAGAGUGUAUUCCAGAUCCUCAUUUAGAUUUAGGGGCUACAACAGGGUUAAACGAUCCAUUUGAUGUUCUUGCUAACCAAAAGUUGCAAAGCUUAUGGACUCAGAAGCAAAUGAUCAAGGGAGAUGGCGGGCAAAUUUACGAGUUAGAGAAUGGAAACUUGUGCAUCAGGACGUCCAAUGUUUUUCUACAUGGAAGUUUCAAAGGAUUGCUCAUUCAAGUUGAAGUUAGUGAAAAGAGCUUUAGUAUGAAGAAUGUGACAGUUUCUGAGCUCAUUCUGAAUAUCUUGAAAAAGUAUGGGAUUGCUGGGGGUAAUGUUUGCAGUGAUGUUUUGGAUGUACAUUCAAGUGAUAGGUAUGGGGAUUUGUGUUGGCAGUAUUCGAGGAUCCUCGAUUUCUAG